AAACUUGUUCUUAAAGGCAGCCUAAGAGGUGACCUUUAUGCUCAUUUUAUGACUCUUUCUGUUGCUCUGUGCAUUCUUGUGUCACCAAGACUUAUUCAGAUGCAUAAGGGCUAUGCUCACCAACUACUGGUGUAUUUUGUUAAACGAGGUCGGGAACUCUAUGGCAAUGAGUUCUUAGUGUACAAUGUCCAUAGCAUGCUUCACCUUGCAGAAGAUGCUGGUUGGUUUGGAAGCUUGGAUGUCUGUGCAGCAUUUCCAUUUGAGAACUAUCUGUAUAAACUGAAGAAAAUGGUUAGAUCAGGAAAAAAUGCUUUAUCACAAGUUGUAAAAAGAAUUCAUGAACUGGAGAAUGACCCAGGUGAAAUGAAACCUGCAAAGUUUAAGAAAAUCAUCUGCACUAACAAACCUGACAAUACAUAUAUUUUGGAUGAUUCAUCUUGUUGUGAAGCAGUGGCCUUAUCACACCAAAGAGAUGAUGAAGGAAACCAGAAAAUACUGUGCAGAGUGUACAACAGAACAGAAUCAGCAUUUAAUGACCCAUGUGAUUCCAAGAUUAUUGGAGUUUAUCAGAUAAAUACAGCAAAAAGUUAUAUGAAAUUUAUUAAAAAAAGCGACCUAAAAACAAAGGCAAUUAUGGUACAUAGUAGAAGUGGAAGACACACAAAAAUCCUAGCAAUACUGCAUGAAUUCUGAAAACUAUCAGAUGUCAUUUGUAGUUGUGGAGUUUCUGGAUGAAAAGGCAGUUGAAGUUGUUCCCAAGUCAUGGAUAAUGCAUAAAGAAAAAGGUCUGUUUUGUUACUGGCCUCCAAGGGCAGGUGCUGCAGCCAAGGUGAAAAAGGAAGAAAUCCCAGAUAAAGAAAAAUGGAAUUCAUACGAGAUAAGGAUUUUUUCAUCUGCAGAAACCUACAGCAAGGCCCAGGAACUGUCCAGGAGAGCAGAGGUUACGUCAAAUGUUGAAACAGAACCUGAAGGUCCAAAAAGCAGAGUUACCAAAAAGCCUGCUAGAUAUGACUUCUCAGAUGAAGCUGAUGAUGAAGGCGAUAAUCCUGAGUUCUCCCACACUCCAUCUGUAGCUGUUCUGCCACAAUCUCCUCACCUAAAUGUUGGACUUUCCAAAACAAGCUCGCAUCAUACCAAAAACUCAGUUGUUCAUGAAAGAUUUUCCUCCCCAGAAUGGUCUGAUGCAUCCUUCAAAACCAGAUCCUCAUCACGGUCCUCAGAAAUAAUACAUGUUAACGCACAAGAUUUGAAAAAAAAAUACACAUCAGCUUCAUCAGACCGAGGUGCAACAGAACUUGUACCUGUUUCACAGACAGAGUUUGCAGAGUUCAAGAGCGCUGUAAUGGCAAACUUCAAGACAAUCCAGGAAAACCAGCGGCUGAUGUUAAGCUGCCUACAGUCUUCUUCCAGUGGGCUAGGGGAUGAUGUGGAGGAUGUACUGCCAGCUCCAGUAAGCAGCUUGGAGGAACUGGAUGACCUAAACUCUAAAUUGGCUGAUCAAUCUUUCAAAAGGAAUUUGACACUGUAUUUGUCAUCUUUUGGAGGGCACAGCCUUGGCGAUGCUGUCCGGAGGAUUUUUAAAAAGCUUGGAACUAAUUCCGUGUGGUCGUUUUACAGCCUCAAAGGAAAGAAAGGGAAGCUACCAUUUAGUGAUCUUCCCAUCUGCAAAGUUAUCAUCAGAGCAUGCAUGAGAACCUACAAAGAAGCAAAAACCUCUGCAGUGGAGCAUCAAAUUAGUGAGGCCCUGAAGCAUGCUCCUAAGAGGAAAGGUGGCCAAAAAUACAAGGAACCUGAGCAAAAGAGACGUGAGCAUUUUGUAGAAGAGUCAUCAAAUUCCUCUGACUAGCCGCAGUUGAAACGAGAAGAUGCCAUGGCUGCAGUCUUCUUCUUCCUCUGUUGACAUUUCCGGUCCACCACCAUCUCCUCCUCCAGCUGCCUCUCCCUGAUGCCCCCCUUCACUUCGUCCUGCCAGCGCAGCAGGGUCUCCCUCACCGGUGCCUGCCCUGCAACUCCAUGUCCAUCAUUCUCCUUCCCAUGUAGUCUUCAUCUCCUGAAUGGUACUUUUUUUGCUAAAAUAAAUUUCUCAUUUCAA